UUCAUCCGCGCGGUCGGCGACGCCUACAACGACAACCCCUACCACAACUUCCGCCACGGCGUCGCCGUGCUCCACCUGAGCUUCGUCGCGCUCUGCCACACGCGGCGCGCCAAGGGGCUCACGUCGCUCGACAUCCUGUCGCUCAAGGUCGCCGCGCUCUGCCACGACAUCGACCACCCGGGCUGGAACAACGACUUCGAGGUGAACUCGAGCAGCGACAAGGCGCUGCUCUACAACGACGUGUCCGUGCUCGAGAACCACCACGCGGCCUACACGUUCGGGGUGUUGCUCCGGAGGCCCGAGCUCGACUUCCUGGCGUCCAUCGCGACCGACGCGAGGAAGGAGCUGCGCAAGGUCGUCAUCUCCUGCAUCCUGGCCACGGACAUGAGCGGCCACGGCAAGCACGUCGACGAGCUGCGGCGCUUCGUGGACCGCCAGGCCUCGGGGAAGAUCGUCGACGACGAGUCGCCGACGCACGAGCGGCGCCAGUUCUACAUGGACACGAUCAUCCACCUCGGCGACAUGGCGGGCCAGGCGUUGCCGUCCUACGACACGGCGAAGAAGUGGGGCUACAAGAUCGUCGAGGAGUUCCAGAACCAGGCGGCCAAGGAGUCGAAGAUGGGCCUGCCCGUGUCGCCCUUCAUGGCCAAACUCAGCACGGAGGUCGACGUCGCCAUGUCCCAGGUCGCCUUCAUCGACUACGUCGUCGGGCCCCUCAUCACCGUCGUCGUCAGGGCAGGACAAGAGAGCGAAAUUCCCAACUUCAAAGGCUCAUAUCUCGGCCGCUUUCCACUCGUUUCGGCUGACUUUUGGACGAGCGAUCAUCUCUCGGAACGGUCUCGAAGCGUGAAUGCUUUUCUUGGAACGCACGCGCGCGGAACGCUCACGUUGAAGCGACGUUGA